GUGAGAGGUAAUUUGUGACAUUAGAUGUCACUUUGUGGGACACAGCUGGAGGCUUCACCAACCAAACUAUAUACUUCAUACACCUUACUUGUUAACGUGAGAAAAUGAGCUUCCAACCAUAUCGCGCACGGAUUUAAGGAGAACUAAAGCAAUGAUGAAUGCCAUAACAGGUUUUGUAGAUUCUCUCAAGGAACUCUUCAGCUUGACAUCUCAGAUGCUGUCACUGUCAGUGAGAGUAUGGUCUCUUGGCAUCAUGCUCCUACUACAGCUUCUGUUACUUCUAGUAGGGCUUGUUUGCCUCUGCUGGGUUCUUCUCAAGUUUUGUAUGUAUACAUUACGGAAAGGUGAACCAGGAUAUCUUCAUGUGGCAUUUUUUCAUCCCUACUGCAAUGCUGGAGGAGGGGGAGAAAGGGUCCUUUGGUGUGCCAUAAGAGCGCUGCAGAAAAAGUAUCAAAAUGUCAGGUGCUAUAUAUACACUGGAGACACAGAUGUUACCCCUCAACAGAUACUUCAAAAAGCCCAGCAAAGAUUCAAUGUUAUCUUACCUCGACCAGUAGAAUUCAUAUUCCUCCAGAGUCGUACUCUUGUUGAAGCAAAGCACUACCCUUUUGUAACACUUCUGAUGCAGAGUAUAGGAUCCAUUAUACUUGCGGGUGAGGCAUUGUCUAAGUUUCGUCCAGAUGUUUACAUUGAUUCCAUGGGUUAUGCAUUUACUUACCCUGUAUUUCGUUACAUUGGAGGCUGUGUAGUAGGCUGUUACACACAUUAUCCAACAAUAAGUACAGAUAUGUUAGGACAAGUUGCAAACAGAGUUGAAGCCCAUAAUAACAGAGGUUUUAUUUCCAGAAAUAUAUUUUUUAGUGCAAUGAAACUAGGUUAUUACCACAUAUUUGCUCUAAUGUAUGCAUUAGUUGGACAUUGUGCAGAUCUAGUUAUGGUGAACUCAUCUUGGACUCAUGGCCACAUAACAGCACUUUGGGGGCAAGCUCAUCAUACACACAUUGUGUAUCCACCAUGUGAUACAAACAAAUUCAAAAGUCUACCCAUUAUUCCAGACUCUGAGAAGAAAUUAAAAAAAGUUAUUUCCAUUGGUCAGUUUCGUCCAGAAAAGGACCACUCUCUCCAACUGAGAGCUUUCCAGCGGCUAUGUGAAAUUAUUGACCCAGAUAAUGCACAAGGUGUUCAGCUCGUCUUGGUUGGUGGUUGUAGAAAUGAGGAAGACUAUCAAAGAGUGGAAAAUUUAAAGACACUUGCAUCUACUUUAGGAAUUAAUGAUAAGGUAGUUUGGAAACUCAAUGCAACUUUUUCAGAGCUUUUAGAAUGUGUUCAAAAUGGGACAAUUGGUUUGCAUGCAAUGUGGUGUGAACAUUUUGGAAUUUGCAUAGUUGAAUGCAUGGCAGGAGGGCUCAUCAUGGUUGCCAAUGAUUCUGGUGGACCAAAAAUGGAUAUUGUUGUUGAAUUUGAGGGUCAGCAAACAGGUUAUAGAGCUACAGAUCCUGAGUCAUAUGCUCAGGCAAUGAAAAAAGUUUUGGAAUUGACUGAUGAAGAGAGAGAUCGUAUUCGUAUUGCAGCUCGAAACUCGGUUGACAGAUUCAGUGAUGAUCAGUUUGAAAUAUCCUUCCUUAGUGUAAGUGAAAGCAUUUUUUCUAGUGCAGUAGUAAGUUAAUGAAUUGCCAAUAUUUUAGGAAAAUAGUUUAACAAACUGUUUAAUAUGCCUUUAGACUCCUAACUGGCAAUAAAACAAGAGAAUGUUGACCUAAAUUAAAGAUCAACAUCAUUAGUAUUAUUGAACUAGAUUUCCUCUAAUUAUCUUGUGGUGUUAACCGGUUACUUGCCACAUCAUAAUAAUGUGACAUUAAUUUUUUUGUGAAUUAUGAAAAUGCACCAUCCCACCAAACACACACCGAAACUACGACGUUGGUACAACGUUCGAGCAAGUUUUAACACCACCUAACCAGUUAUAACAACCAAUAUAGCAAGUUGUAACAACGUUCUAAUACGUCAUAAACACGUUAAGCCAAGAUUUAACAACUUUAUUUCAAGUUGUAACAAGCGGAAAAUAGAGACAGUUUCGGUUUGUGUUUCCAGGGAUGUCACUGUUGUUCAUUAACAGUGUGGAAUUUUAUUUAGUUCAAUUAACAAAUAAGAACAGAUAUUUAACAUUGUAUAAACUGUACAGUUUGUGUGUGUGUCUUUCAUGCAAGAUACACACACAAACCUCCCCUAUAUGAACCUUUCCCCCUUCCCUGUUCCCCAGUCUUUGAAAAGUGUCCACAUAUAGAAUCUUAAGAGGACUUGAAGUGCCUUCCACUAUUAAUGACAUCGAAACAUCCUUAAAAAAAUUCUAAUACCGUAGUUGAUUUAGUUAUCAUAAAAGUGAAGCGGUAGCCUUUUCUUCUAAUGAGAAAAAAGAAUGUCAAGAAUAAAAAUUACUAGUACUGUACACAUAGUUGAGAAAAUGGAAGGGAAAUUGCUCUUAAAUAUAAAAUUAGACCAGUGAGGCAAUUAAAGAAAGAAUGGUGAAAGAAAGGGCAAUGGUGAGGUGGAACAGAGCUUACCAGCUCUUCAAGUGACACUGUAUUAUCAUAAAAUGAGGAAUAUCUGGUGGAAGGAAUAUUAUUUCAUGUACUACUCCUAUUAGUACUUUGCUUACAAAAGCAGACUAGUCUAAUACUUUGUGGUUCAAUAGUUAUUCUUUGUUGUGUGUAAAUUAAUUUGCUCAUGCAUUAUUUUUAAUCAAUAAGAAAAGUUUGCAAAUUUUAAAUUUACUCCAGAUUUAUUUAUUUUCAAGCUAGUGACAAAUGAUAGUAAUUGAGAUCAUCUAUCUGUUCCGGAAAAAAAGAGUUUGUGUAUUAAUACUGUACAAAAGCAUUCUUUUUUUUUUAUUUGUACAUAGCCUUCACAGUUCGGUGCCUUCUUUUGAUAAUUACUUACUUUUGUUGAAUUUGUGCCUUUGCAAUUCAUGUACAGAAUAUACAAUGCUACAAUGUUUUUUUCCAAACUUAUGAGCUAUUGUAGUACAGUAUAUUAAUUUUCAAGUACAGUGUGAAUAUAUUGUUUGCAGUUUGUUUCCACACAUUGAUCGAAAUUACAAAGUAGUUAUCAAAGCAUUUGAAAACUGAUAAUUAGUGUGGUAGUGUAGACUGAUGACUGGUGUGGCACAUGUGAAUGAAAAUCAAAUAUUACUCAUGAAAAUUUUAAAAUGAAUUGUAAUGUAAUAAAGUAGCUUGAAUAAUAAUUUAUACUACUUUGGUAAGCAUAUAUGAUGAUGAAAGCCAAAAAUCAAAAUGAAAGAAAGAUUGCCAUGAUUUUUAGGAGUGUAUUUGAACUAAAUGCACAGCAUGUCAAUUGACAAAUUGAUGUUGCAAUGGAAAUUUAGCCAAGAAAAUUUGCUUCACAUAGCUUACUAUGAUCUGUUCAAGGCAUUUGCAAUAAUUUUCCAUAAUUGUUGCAUGCUUUUGUUAACAAAUAACUGCUGUAGUUGUAUAAAAGCAAGCCAGUAUGUAAUAUUCUGUGAAUAUUAAGAUAUUGCAACAGAGCUAUCUGAUAGUUGAAAGCAUUGGAGAUGCUCACUGGCUCAAGUGAUGAAUGAGUCUCAAUGUGCUAGCUAUCACAUUCCUACCUAUAAUAUGCAGUUAUUAAUAAUAAUAAAGGAUAUUUGUUAUCGGUAUUUAUGGGUCAUUGAGGGUUGUUAAAGAGCUAGUUUUGUUCAUUACUAGAAAGGGGUGUGAAUGUAAACAUAUUUGAUAGUUUUGUGUUGUCUUAUAGCAAACAUAUAUUAAUUUAGUCAGUAGACUAGUUUGCAUUAUAGUUGCACAUGUAUUGUACUGUGAUUUUCACUACAUUUUCUUGUAAUUUAAACAAAAAAGAUGUAGCAAUAACUUGUCCUUAUUUAGUUGCCAAAUUAUUAUUUGUUUUUGUUGUAAAACAUCGUUGAUCAGAUUCCCACCAAAUAAAAUAGUGCAGAGCAUGAGUCAUGAAAGGGAAAAUACUUGGUUCAUGCUGGACCCUUAAGUCAAAAUGGCAGUAAUGGGGAAGGAAGUCAUUAUAGGCGAGGUGAGGGGGAAGUAGGAAAGAAAAGCAGUAUGGCCAAGCUAAAGGCAGGUCCCUGUGAUAUAAAAGGAAGAAACUGAACAAAGUAAGCAGAGAAUGGAAGGAAAGCAAAUGUGCAAAAUAAAGGAGAAAUAUAAUACACAUAGGGACAGAUAGUAGGUGAGCACAUGUAGCUAAGUCAGAUAAUGCUUGCCAAGAUGAUUAGAGCACUUCACCAUGUACUGUACUAAGAGAGUCAACAGCAACAAAGCCAGGGCUAAGGGUCAUGCUAGGCAUGUUAACAAGACCAGAUUCAACGGUCCCUGUGGCGCAGUGGUAAGACACCGAGUGCUUUUGGCCCGGGCUCAUAUCCUGGUCGGGGGAGGAUUGACCUGGUGCCAAUCCUUAACUUUAGCCUCUGUUCACCCAGCACCUGGUUGUUAAACGAUUUGGCGGGGUCGUAUUCCAGGGAAAAUUAGAAUUAACAACCUGCCCUAAAUUCUGUGUGUGCUAGUGCCUUUUCAAGAAUGUAAGAACUCUUGUACAGGUAUAUAUAAAUAAAUAAUAAUAAAAAAUAAACAAGACUGAAUUUGUGAAGUAGAACAGGAAAGAAUUAUAAUUUGAAAGACAAGAUGCAAAAUGAUUGUACAUAAUUCUAUGAGUGUUCCAUUGCUAAAGUGUUCAGUAAUGAGUUAAAGUAUAGUGUGUUUUGGCUUGGAUAAUUUAGAUUAAAUAUUUUCAAAGCUUUUUAAAUCUUUACAUUAAUGAAACUUGUAUCUGCUACUUGGCAUUGGUAUGUCAUUCAUACACAUUCCCAAGUACCCUGAACAUGAUCUGAUUUUCCUUUGUACAUGCUAAAUAUAUAUUUUGGUAUAAUCCAAUUUUCUUGUAUUACUGUAUUAUUUAUUAGAAAAUGUUCAAGUCUAAAGACUGCCUAGUUGAUUUGAACAUUUUCAAGCUUUUUGUUUUGUGCAUGUCUUGAUAUAUAUAAUUUGUUGCGUGAAAACAUGUGUGUUUUAACAAGAAUUAUUUUAAAGUAAAAGAUGUACCCAAA